CUUCCAGUAGCCGCCAUUGUUACUAUAAUUCAUCGCCCCGUGCAGACAGUCGUGAUCGCGUAACCAGUUUCGUGGGUCGACAAGAGCAACUCAUGGACCACUUACUGCAGACAAGCUACAACUUUGACAUCCUUCGUCUGCAUUCGAGUGUGGAGAAACGUGAGCAGAAUCGAAUUUUUAGUCCGCCGCCGCGUGGAAAACGCAAAGUUAUAAUCGCCACGAAUAUUGCCGAAACUUCGAUCACCGUCAGCGACGUGGUGCAUGUAAUCGACGCGGGUUUCCAUCGGGCAAUGAACUACUGUGUGGAAACCAAUAGUUCCGCGUUGGAAACCCUCAGAGUGGCGAAAUCAAAUGUGCGGCAACGGCGCGGGCGGGCGGGCCGCUGCCGGCCCGGCAACUUUUUCGCGCUCUACACCCGAAGCCAGUAUCUCGAAAUGCGGGAUCACGAGCAGCCGGAGAUGUUGCGCACCCCAGUGGAGUCCACAGUGCUUCAGGUGAAAGCGAUGAACUUACCUGGCGGCAGCGUUUCGAGCAUUCUUAAGAAAGCCAUAGCACCGCCGCACCCUCGAAGUGUUAUCAAUGCACUGGCACUUCUGGAGGCGUUGGGAGCAAUUACCCGCAACAGCGAUCCCUCUGCCCACGAAGGCCUAGCUGAGGCGAAGGGAGCUUCGUCUUCAGCGUUUCCGGUCAUGAACAAGAUGAAUGAUUCGGGAAGACGAGGUCACCCGAAGGGCGCAGUGAGCGGCACGGGCUUCGUGGCUUCAAGAUCAAGCCUGUUGUCUUCUUCUGCUGCGACAAUUAGCUCUCUCAGUCCGCGUGCUGUUUUUGAGACGGAAACACUGACCCCACUAGGACGGAAAUUAGCAAACGUACCAUUGCAUCCGACCCUCGCGCGCCUCUAUUUGAUGGCCAACCUAUUUUCCCGUGCCAUGGGCUUUCCGCAGUUGAACGAGAUGGCGAUGGCAGCUACGAUUGGUAUGAGCGGCAAGAGUCCCUUCUACCGGCCCCCCGCACACCUUUGUGAUGCUGCGCAGCGAGAACGCGAGCGGCAAAGUGAGGGGACGCAUUCCGACCACCUUCAUUUAGCGAAAGUCAUCAUGGAUUUCCGCCCCCCGGUUGAGGAGAGCAGUGAGUCUUUUCCUGGUGAAAAUCGAUUUCACCAACAAGCAAGUCAACGCGUGACUGUGGAAAAGCGAAUGCGACGCGAUAUGAACAGCUUGCACAAAGAAAAAUUGCAAGAUCGGCAGUACAUGGAUCACCGUUUUCUCGAUUCCAGUGCUCUGGAGGGUGUACUGAAUCUGAUCGAAGAGUUGGAGAUGAAAGCAGUUGAAGUGAAAAUCAGCGACCAAUCAACAUUGUCUGCAACAUCUGGUGCUCCUUUGCAGCAAGGUAUGUCGAAUGGUACUCGUGGUAAAAAAUGGAUGCAAAACUUCGGCAUCCAGCUUUUUCCUGCAAGCUCUUGUGGUAGCGCGCUUGUGCCAACGGAGGACUCUCUAGGAUACCGCAGAUUUGGCAUGGGCAGCCAAGCUGACCACGCAAGAACUGCGUUGGCUCGGGGAGAACGUGGGCUCGGUGAAGUACCCAUGCACGUGGGUCACAGAAUGGAUUUCAGUAUGAUGGGAUGCGGCAGCGCAGGGAUCCUUACCCCUUCCGCGUUCGGUCAAUCUCAAGCUCGCGCUGGGUUCGGCAGAGACGCUGCAACUACAUCAGGGUCAAGUAGCAUGCCCACAAAAGCUGUAGGACCAGUUGGAGCUGCCGCUGGUGGGAGCCGACGAGGUGGAACAACAGGUUGUCAUCACGGAGAACACUUCUCGAUGUCAACAUCAUCGUUGAACAACAGUCCUUCGGAGGACGUGUCCCGCGAGAUCCAACUUAUGAGGGCUAUGCUUGCGGGUUGUCUCCCAAUCGCAGCGGUGUCCGUGCCGGGGACAAAAGUGUUCCGAUGCCUGGUCGACGGGGUCCGCUGUGAUCUUCAGCGAGAUACCAUUCUGUCUUCGGCGGCAAAAUGUUUAGUACAGCAAAAAAAUCCCAGAACAAACACAGCGGGAGGAGAUCUUCAACAAGGACGCAGUGGUACCAAUUAUUCGACUCCAUUGCCUAUUCCGAUACCAAACUCAUCUACUUCAUCAGGAGAUGCCUUAUUUACUGGACUUGGACCACAGCACGCGGGAGGAGGAGCUAUAUCACAAUGUCCACCGGCACUUACUUUUCUCGUUGCGUACUUUGAACGCACAGCGAGCAUUUACCAAGACAAAAAAGAGGCCCGCCAGAAGGCCAGAGUUGCGGCGAAGGCUGUGGCUUCCGGUGUAUCCCACAUCGACGCCCACUUCAAGGCUUCAGCAGCCGCAAAUGGCGAGGACGUGGAGGCCUAUAGUGCGAGUCUCACGGCCUCUGUCGCGCAGCAACUAGUCUCCCGUGACAAGCCCCAGACACUUCGGGACUCCACGUUGCUCGCUGAUGCAGUGCCUGCGCUGCUCCUCAACUGUCUCCUGCAAGUGCGAGAGACCGACACGCGAAGCUUCUCUCGUGACGGCAAUGUAACUGAUCUUAUGAAAACGGGGACCAACGAGAACAAUAGGACUAAUAGAGGACGCGGAGCAGGUCAGCCCGAUCACGGAACUGCAGCAAAAAACUACAGCAAUAUCGUCUGGGAGUUGCGUGGCGGUCUCUCCAGGCAUGAAGAUGGCCAAUAUCCGACAUCGUCAUCUACCUCAAGAGUUACAACAUCAGUCGGGGCCAUAAAGAAGGGUUCUGUUGCUGCGGCAGAUAAACAAGAAGAUGAUGGGAGUGCGGCUUCGAGUGUCUUUUUGAGUUUCGCGUCCGCGGAGGUGGCCCUUGCUUUGGUGGAUCUUCGUCCUCGGAUCCUUACACUACUUGACAAAUUGUUGGGUGCUUCAAGCCCUUCCCCGCACAAUCCAAAGCAACAGUUCCUGACGCCGAGAACAGUGGACACAUGUUCCCGUGCGAUCGCCCGCAUCGGAGUGCUAUUUCUCGAGAUGGCCACGGACUAUCUUUACGGCAGCACCAUGGACGCCGUUCAGAGCGAGUUUGGUGGAGCAGGUUUAGCGCUCGUGACCACUCCUUCAAAAAACUAACGACUCAUCAGAUUAUUUAGUUUGGAAGAUAAUCACACUUACUCAGAUCAUAGAAAAACUUGGUGUGGGGAGUUUCUACCUUUGCUACUCCUGUGUUUAAGAUGACUGGAUCUUGUCCAGUUAAAAGUAGAAAAGUAUUGACAUGUUGUUGAGAGCGUCAGCAAGACAGCACGACUAGUAGAUUUGACAUUGAGCUCGAUAUCCUUUUGGAUUUUGAUGCUCGACGUCUGGAACUCAUUUUAUCUUAGGCACAACUCUAUAUGCAUUUGCAUUUCGAAGAAAGAAGCUGGUAUUUCAGCUGGGUUGUGCCCUUAGUCCAAAACCUCUCCUCACGUAUCAUGGGUUUCCCGAUACUUGACGAUGCUUGUUUAGCGUAAGCAGGAUGAGAAUUGCAAUAUCAUGAAAGCACUUCUCUGGACCGCUAGAGGGACUGUCUCGUCUUGCCAAUACUAACGAGUGACUAUCUGAGACGCACUGAUGACGUUCUUUGUGGUACGUAUUGCGACUCCUAGAUAAUACAAAGCGGGCGUGAACAAGGAUGCGGCGAUGAGGAGAAGCCUUCCUUUUACAACAUGCGUGCCCCUUCUAAUUGUCCCAAUUGCAAUUGACCGUGCAGGAAAUUCUCUGUUUUCAUCCGCCUUGCGUAAUCGUGUGAGAGUUUACUCGUUCCUCCCAUCGAGCAGAU